AUGCAACGCUCACAGUCCCCUGUCGCCCUGGCUGGCCAGGGCGACCUGAACAACGCGUACGCCGCCAGGGCUGCGGUUGCGCCCACGGCUGACCCGACAUGUGCCUUGCAUUCUCUCGCCAUCGACAUCGAUGAGGACGACGCCGCCACCCGUGACCGUUAUCGCUCGUUUCUUCUCAGCGAGCCGCUUGCUGCCGACGACUGGGUCGCGCAGUUGGAGCUGGGCACGGUCCUGAAGCUGGUCGCGUCGGAAAUCCUGGAGAAAAAGCGUGACCGCCUGCGCAUCCUCGUCCUCCAUGGCAGCUUGAGAAGCCGAUCCUUCUCUCGUCUGCUCGCAUACGAGGCCGCACGCAUCCUGUUCCGCCUCGGCUGCGACGUCCGGGUGUACAACCCGGCCGGGCUUCCUCAAAAGGACGACAUUCACCACGGCCACCCGAAAGUGCAGGAGCUGCGUGAGCUGAGCAAGUGGAGCGAUGGCCACGUCUGGGUCAGUCCCGAGCAGCACGGCAACUUGACGGGCCUUUUCAAGCAACAAAUUGACUGGAUCCCGCUGUCGUCUGGAGCGGUUCGUCCCACACAGGGCAGGACGCUGGCCGUUGCGCAGGUCAGCGGCGGAUCGCAGCCCUUCAAUGCUGUGAAUUCGCUCCGCAUCCUCGGUCGGUGGAUGCGCAUGUUUACGAUCCCCAACCAAAGCUCUGUGCCCAAGGCGUACACACAGUUCACCCCCGAGGCAGAAGGCAGCCGCAUGCUGCCCAGCGCGAACCGCGACCGCCUUGUCGACUGCAUGGAAGAGCUCGUGAAAUACACCAUCGUUCUGCGGCCUCGCUUUGACCUGUUCGGAGACCGCUUCAGCGAGCGCGAGGAACGCAGGCUGAAGCGGGAAAAGGCAGAAGAGGAGCGAAAUAAAGAGGCUUCCACCAUAAACGGCGUGUCGUUGCAAGGACUGUCUUUAUAG